UCCUUCAGACGCCCUCUGGUCGGUGCUCAAAGCAGUGGUGUGCUUGGUGUGGUGCAGUGAAGCUCGUCGUAAGUCAUAUUGAUCUGAUAUAAGUAAAUAGGGGAAAACAGAAUUUCAAUAUAAAGAGCACGACAACUUUAGGCACCCACCACCAACAUGCCCGGCCACGUGAAGAAGAGCACGGGUCCCGACCCUGACCCCUCCGAGUUCUUGUACAUAUCUAUGGAGAUGAAGAUGCAGGAUUCAACCAAGCCUUACGACGCUAAGAAAUCCUGUUGGGUUCCUGAUGACAAGGAGGGCUUCAUUGAGGGUGAGAUCCAGGGUACCAAGGGCGAUCUCAUUACUGUGUAUGCUGGUGGUGAAACAAAAAAUUGGAAGAAGGACCUUGUGGGUCAGGUCAAUCCUCCCAAAUACGAGAAAUGCGAGGACAUGUCUAACUUGACCUACCUUAACGAUGCGUCUGUCCUGUACAACUUGAAGAGCCGUUACGUCGCCAGGCUAAUCUACACCUACUCCGGUCUCUUCUGUAUCGCCAUCAACCCCUACAAGCGGUACCCCAUCUACACCAACCGUGUGGUCAAGAUCUACCAGGGUAAGAGGCGUAAUGAAGUGCCUCCUCAUCUCUUCGCCAUAUCCGAUGGUGCCUACAUGAACAUGAUGCAAGGUGGAGAAAACCAGUCUAUGCUUAUCACCGGUGAGUCUGGCGCUGGUAAGACAGAGAACACCAAGAAGGUACUCUCCUACUUCGCCAACGUCGGCGCCACCACCAAGAAGAAGACCGAAGAGAAGAAACAGAACCUAGAGGAUCAGAUUAUCCAGACGAACCCAGUGCUAGAAGCCUUCGGUAACGCUAAGACCGUUCGUAACGACAACUCCUCCCGUUUCGGUAAGUUCAUCCGUAUCCACUUCCAACCCAAUGGCAAGCUGUCCGGUGCUGAUAUAGAGGUCUACCUGCUGGAGAAGGCUCGUGUCAUCUCCCAGCAGUCCCUCGAGCGAUCCUACCAUAUCUUCUACGAGAUGAUGUCCGACCAGAUUAAGGAGCUCAAGCCCUCGUGUUUACUUAGUGACGACAUCUACGAUUAUCACUACGUGUCUCAGGGCAAGGUCACCGUCCCCUCCAUUGAUGACAAAGAGGACAUGCAGUUCUGUCACGACGCUUUCGAUAUUCUUGGCUUCUCUAAAGAAGAGGUUGAACAAGUCUAUAAAAUCACUGCUUCUGUCAUGCACUUUGGUGAAGUGAAGUUCAAACAGAGGGGUCGAGAGGAACAAGCUGAACCUGAUGGUACUGAGGUUGGUGAGACAGUUGCCAAACUGCUGGGUGUUGACGGGGCUGACCUGUACAAAUGCAUCACCAAGCCCAAAAUUAAGGUCGGUGCAGAGUUCGUUGCCAAGGGCAUGAAUGUGAAUCAAUGUUCCUACUCUGUCGGUGCCUUAGCUAAGGGUCUCUUCGAUCGUGUCUUCAAGUUCCUGGUACAAAAGUGUAACGUGACUCUUGAGACUGGCCUGAAACGAGCUUCGUUCAUCGGUGUGCUCGAUAUCGCCGGCUUCGAGAUCUUCGAUUUCAACGGCUUCGAGCAGAUCUGCAUCAACUUCUGUAACGAGAAGCUGCAGCAGUUCUUCAACCAUCACAUGUUUGUGCUGGAGCAGGAGGAAUACAAGAAGGAAGGCAUCAACUGGCAGUUCGUGGACUUCGGUAUGGAUCUGCAGGCCUGCAUCGAGCUCUUCGAGAAGAAAAUGGGCAUUCUCUCCAUCCUUGAGGAGGAGUCAAUGUUCCCCAAGGCUACUGACAAGUCCUUCCAAGAAAAGUUAAAUGCUAAUCACCUUGGUAAAUCUCCUGUGUUCAUCAAACCUAAGCCACCAAAGGCUGGUCAGCCUGACUCUCACUUCGCCAUUGUUCACUACGCUGGUACUGUCAGCUACAACCUGAGUGGCUGGCUCGAGAAGAACAAGGACCCUCUCAACGACACUGUUGUUGACCUCCUCAAGAAAUCAUCCGACUCACUUGUCGUUCUGUUGUUCGCUGAUCAUCCCGGGCAGUCCGGACCUGCAGAUACUAAAGGUGGUCGUGGCGCGAAGUCUGGUUCAUUCAAGACUGUGUCAUCUUCAUAUCGAGACCAGUUGAACAACCUGAUGAAGACCCUGAACGCCACUCACCCUCACUUCAUCCGUUGUAUCGUCCCCAACGAAACCAAAUCUCCGGGUGUUGUAGAUGCAGGCUUGAUCAUGCACCAACUGACCUGUAACGGUGUACUUGAGGGUAUCCGUAUCUGCCGUAAGGGCUUCCCCAACAGGAUGGUCUACCCUGACUUCAAGCACCGGUACAAGAUCUUGGCUUCUAAGGAAAUGUCUGAAAUAAAGGACGACAAGAAGGCCGCCAAGGCUUGCUUCGACAAAGCCGGCCUGGACGAGGAAUCGUACCGUCUUGGCAACACUAAGGUGUUCUUCCGUGCUGGUGUUCUGGGUAACUUGGAGGAGAUUCGUGACGACCGUCUGGGCAAGAUGUUCUCAUGGCUGCAGGCUUGGAUCCGUGGUUUCAUUGGACGAAGAGAAUACAAGAGACUUCAGGAGCAGCGCGUUGCCCUCAUUGUUGUUCAACGCAACCUGAGAAAUUUCUUGAAGAUGCGCACCUGGGCUUGGUUCAACCUGUGGCAAAAGGUCAAACCUCUCCUCAACGUCACCCGCAUUGAGGACGAGAUGAAGGCUCUAGAAGAGAAGGCCGCUAAGAUUCAAGCGGAUUAUGAGAAUGAGGUGAAACGUCGUCAAGAAGCUGAAUCUACCAUUGCCAUCCUUCAAGAAGAAAAGAAUAAUCUCCUGCUUGCCCUAGAUUCCAGCAAAGGCAACAUGUCUGAGCACCUCGAGAAGCAAGCCAAGCUUCAGAAGCAGAAAGCUGAACUGGAAACUCAAAUUGAUGACAUUGCUGAGCGUCUUCAGCAAGAAGAAAAUGCCCGCAAGAAAGUUGGUGAGGGUAAGAGAGAAAUAGAACAAGAGGUUAGAGACUUGAAAAAGACUUUGGGUAAUCUUGAAAGCAGUAAUAUUCAGUUAGAAGAAGACAAGGCAGCCAGGGAUCAUCAAAUCAAAACCCUUACUGAUGAAGUUGCCCAUCAGGAAGAACUUAUUAAUCUAGUAAAAAAAGAGAAGAAACACCUUCAAGAAUGCAACCAAAAGACUGCUGAGGACAUUCAGUGUGUCGAGGACAAAUGCACUCAUCUUAACAAUGUGAAAACCAAGCUCGAGCAAACACUAGACGAGCUUGAGGAGUCUCUUGAUCGCGAGAAGACGAACCGUGCGGAGGGAGAUAAACAGAGACGGAAAAUUGACAGUGAUCUUAGACUGACUCAAGAAACUGUAAGGGACCUCGAACGCAGUCGAAAGGAUCUGGAGAGUACUAUUGAGCGCAAGGAUAAAGAAAUUUUCGAUCUCACUUCUAAGGUUGAGGAAGAACAGGGGAUAAUAUCCAAAUUCAACAGACAGAACAAAGAACUUCAAACACGUCUGGAUAAUCUUGAACAAGAAUAUCAGCAAGAGCGUCAAGCCCGUAUUAGGGCAGAACAAGCAAAGACUAGGUUAACCCGGGAGCUCACAGAGACAGGAGAUCGUUUGGAGGAGGCUGGAGGGGCCACAGCUGCCCAGAUUGAGUUGAACAAAAAACGGGAGGCUGAGCUGGCCAAGCUGCGCCGAGAGAUUGAGGAAAACAACAUGAAGACUGAAUCUGCCCUCAGUAUCCUUCGGAAGAAACAUUCUGAUGGCGUUAGUGAAUUGACUGAACAGAUCGCUCACGUCAACAAAUUAAAAGCCAGGGCUGAGAAGGACAAGGAAUCUCUUAAGGCUGCCUCCGAGGAAAGCAAGGCCGUCAUAGACCGUCUCGCCCACGAGAAGGCAGAUGUUGAGAAAAUCAACAAACAGCUGUCUCAUCAAAAUAACGAAAUUAACUUCAAGCUUCAGGAAGCUCUUCGUACUAUCAGUGACUAUGAUCUCUCAAAGAAGAAGUUUGCUGAUGAAAAUUCUGAUCUCAUUCGCCAACUGGACGAAAGUGAGAGGAAAGUAGGAGAGCUCAGCACAAUCAAAUUAUCACUGACUAACCAACUCAGUGAUGCCAGAAAACUUGCCGACGCCGAAAUCAAGAACCGUGCCAAUCUUCUUGGAAAGUACCGCAACCUGGAAUUUGAUAUUGAAGGACUUCGAGAACAACUAGAUGAAGAAAAUGAUUUGAAGUCCGACUUGCUACGUCAACUUUCCAAGGCUACUGCUGGAGCACAAAUGUGGCGGGCUAAAUAUGAGUCAGAGGGUGUUGCCAAAACAGAAGAACUUGAAGCUACUCGCUUGAAACUUAUUGCCCGACUUGACGAAGCUGAAGCGCAAAUUGAAGAACUGAACGUCAGAAAUAUGAACCUUGAGAAGAAUAAGCAUCACAUUACCUCCGAAUUUGAGCAGGUACAAGUUGAGGUUGACCGUGCCCAGUCCAUGGCAAUUGCUUCUGAAAAGAGACAAAAGAAUUUUGAUAGAAUCAUUGGUGAAUGGAAGCUGAAGGUUGACGACCUUGCAGCAGAACUUGAUGCCUCGCAGAAGGAGUGCCGCAGCUGCACUUCUGAACUCUUCCAUUUCAAGACCGUCUAUGAGGAGAAUCUUGAGAAUCUCGAUUCUCUUCGUCGUGAGAAUAUUAAUCUUGCUGAUGAGAUAAAGAGUUUGGUGGAUCAACUAAACAACGGAAGUAAAUCUCUUGAUGAGUUUCAGAAAACAGCCAAACGUCUUGAACUCGAAAAAGAGGAGCUUCAGGCUGCUCUCGAAGAAGCUGAGUCCGCCCUUGAGCAAGAAGAGAACAAAGUGCUCCGUGGUCAGGUAGAACUAAAUCAAGUCAGACAAGAAAUUGAAAGGCGAAUCCAGGAAAAAGAAGAGGAAUUCGACAGCACUCGGAAGUGCCAUCAGCGAGCCAUCGAAACUUUGCAAAGUUCACUUGAAGCUGAGGCUAAAACAAAGGCUGAGGCUCUUCAUAAUAAGAAAAAGCUGGAGUCAGACAUCAACGAACUACAGGCUGCACUUGACCACUCUAAUAAGGCUAAUACCGAGAUGCAGAGACAAUGCAAAAAAUAUCAAAAUGAUCUCAGUGACUUGCAACAUCGCUUUGAGAAUGAACAACGCACAUCUACUGAAUAUCGCGAACAAUAUAAUAUUGCUGAACGUAAAAUCAACUCUCUUAGUGGGGACCUAGAGGAAUCCCGCACACUUCUCGAGCAGUCUGACCGUGGCCGUCGUCAGGCUGAAACAGAACUUUCUGAUAUUCAACAACGGUUUACCAGACUGACAACAGACCACGUUGCUCUAACAACCAUAAGGAGAAAACUAGACAGCGAGGUUACGACUCUUCAAGCUGACCUAGAUGAAUUGGUAACCGAGGCCCGCAACUCUGAGGAUAAAGCUAAGAAGGCCAUGCUUGAUGCCUCACACCUCGCCGACGAACUGCGUGUUGAACAGGAACAUUCCCAGACUCAAGAAAAGACUCGCAAGGGCCUUGAAGUAGCAGUCAGAGAAUUGCAAGUUCGUCUUCAGGAAAGUGAACUCAUUAUCGAGCAGACUGGCAAGACUACUGUAAAUAGACUAGAAGGCCGAAUCCGCGAACUGGAAGGUCAUCUUGAUGAGGAGCGUCGCCUUCACGCAGAAGACCAGAGUAACCUAAGGAAGUGCGAGAAGCGCAUAACGGAGAUCACCUUCCAAUCUGAUGAAGAAAGAAGGAAUCAUGAGAAGAUGCAAAACUUUGUCGACAAGAUGCAGCAGAAAACGUCAUCGUAUAGGCGGCAAGUAGAGGAGGCGGAGGAGAUUGCUGCUCUAAACUUGGCCAAGUUCCGUAAGGCCCAGCAGGAGCUGGAGGAUUUCGAAGAACGGUCCCGUGUUACUAACCGAUUUACUGUAGUGCACAGCGCUGUAUAACAGGUUGAUUUCUGAACAUUCUUGAGGUGAGCUUCGAAAUCAAAACAAAAUUGAGGAUAGUAUAGAAAAUGUGUACAGAAAUACAAUUUUCUUGAAGGAUAUUUCUGCCUUUACUGUUGCUUGUACUCGUAAGGUGUACAGUACUGUACCACUUGUUGCAGAGUUGCAUACAAGAUCUUAGUAUUGAACAAUAUUUUUUUCACUGUAUGGUCAAUCAUAUUUAGCAUCCUAGCAAUAUUAUUUUGUAAAACGAUGGCAAUUUAUACCCUUCACAAAUUCAAUAAAAUAACUAGAAAACAAAUGUACGCAAAAAAAAUGUAUUUGAAAGCAUAGUUACAUGCCAUCUUUUUUUUUUUAAUUACAGCUGAUAUCAUUCAGGUGAACUAAAUGAA